AUGAAACAGAUUCAUGAUACAUAUGAAAGUGCUAAUCCUUUCUCCAAUAUACUUACUAAGGAAGAAAUAAUGAGAGAAGUUGCAAAAGCUUAUGGACCACCUCCUAAACCGCAAAAGCCAGAAAAGUUUAAGAUAUCACUUAAUGAACAAUCUCAAAAGCUUUUUUAUUGUAGCAAUUGUGAACAGGAAGGUCAUAAGAAAAUAAUUGUCUCAACUUAG